UGUCGCGGCGGGUGGGGGGGCGCUUAUGUAAGUUUGGCUGUACGGGGCGCUGGGAGAGACGUCGGUCGGGACGACGUGGUGGCGGAGGUGUGAUUGGGGCCACCGCGUCUGCUGCAACUGUCUACAGAAAUACUGGCCACGGCCAUCUUCCGGUUCGACUCCUCUGAACUUAGCAAGUGGAACAACGCUAAAGGAAAAAAAAAAUGAACCCAUGCAAGCGUGCUACCGCUUUUCUGGGUCCCAGAUCUUGGAAGAAAAAAAAAAGGGGGGUGGCUGAAUUGAUUGUGGCCAAAAAGAAAAGAGAAAGGGAGGACACGCUGAUGUGUUGCCAUGGCUACUCGCGGCCACUCCUCCCCCUGGUCCCGUGCACACUCAUCCCACCAGCCCCAGAAGUUAGUGACAGCCAGAGAAGGUGUCCCCCACAGGAAGGCCCUGUGCAAACUGCCCUCCCACCGGGGCGACUGCAGGCCCCGGUGCCUGGGAAAACCUAGGAGGCAGAGCCAGGGUGGUCCCUGCGGAGAGAACCCCCAGUACACUUGGGCUGCGCAGUGUUUUCUAGAAAGGGAACUUGGUAAGGUUGUGAGGACGCAGGGCUCUAAUUCGGAGUCCCACACUGCACAUUUUGUGUAGUGCUAUGUUACAGCCCAGCACACCAAAUAGAUUUUUUGGUGUGGUCACUGUUCAGUAGAGGAAAACUUUUUGUUUUUCAGGACAUUGGUCUGCAGGAUGGAGUUCCUGGGGUAAGAGUUAACAUUCACAAAAAGCUAAAUUUCUUUGGGCUUCUGGGUAGUAAUAGAGGUUAAAAAAAAAAAAAAAAAAAAAACACCUGAAUUGCCAAAUGCAGUCUUCAAGACAAGCGUGUACUCCAUCACACAGGUGUGUAAAGAAAAAAAGCAGUUACUGCCACCCAUAAGCAAUGUUCGGUGCUGUACAUCUGUGGCUUUCUUUGUAUGUCCGUCUGUGUAGGAGCCUAGAGAAAAGAAAGCGUACAGGGCUGCAUACGCAGCAGGAAGUUGUGGCGCCAGGGGCACUUGCUGCCAUCUCUGUACGUCUGUGGCCAUCUGCGCCUGCACAGGUGGCUUAGCUCUGCCGUGAGCCAUCCCUUAGUGGCCCUCCAGCCCAUCCUUGGGUCCCUGCAGCAUAGCCCCUGCCAGCUCCAGCCCAGGGCUGUGCAAAGGUGGGGGGCCACGCGGCCAGGUGCUCCCUAGCUGAAAAAUAGGUAUAGGUACAGGAAGCAGAAUAAGUCAGGGAGGUCUCUCUGGCUUUUAAUCAAUUCUUGGAACCAUUCUUGUUUUAUAAUUCGGAAUGGAGAAAGAUCCUACCUCAUUCUUGUUUUUUUCUUUGUAGGUGUGGUGUGCCCUGAUCAGUUAUUCUGAUCUGAAGAUUUUGGUGUUUAAGGCAUUAAAAUAAUAGCCUGAAUUGUUCAUGGAGUUUUUCAUCAGUAUGUCUGAAACCAUUAAGUAUAAUGACGAUGAUCAUAAAACUCUGUUUCUAAAAACACUAAAUGAGCAACGCCUGGAAGGAGAAUUUUGUGAUAUUGCUAUCGUGGUUGAAGAUGUAAAAUUCAGAGCACACAGAUGUGUUCUUGCCGCAUGCAGCACCUACUUUAAAAAGCUUUUCAAGAAGCUCGAGGUGGAUAGUUCUUCAGUAAUAGAGAUAGAUUUUCUCCGUUCUGAUAUAUUUGAAGAGGUCCUGAACUACAUGUACACGGCAAAGAUUUCUGUGAAAAAGGAAGAUGUUAACUUAAUGAUGUCUUCUGGUCAGAUUCUUGGUAUCCGAUUUUUGGAUAAACUCUGUUCUCAGAAGCGUGAUGUGUCUAGUCCCGAUGAAAGUAAUGGUCAGUCCAAAAGUAAGUAUUGCCUCAAAAUAAAUCGCCCCAUUGGAGACGCCACGGACACUCAGGAUGAUGAUGUGGAAGAAAUUGGGGAUCAGGAUGACAGCCCUUCCGAUGACACAGUAGAGGGUACCCCCCCGAGUCAGGAGGACGGCAAGUCACCCACAACCACGCUCAGGGUUCAGGAGGCGAUUUUGAAAGAGCUAGGGAGUGAGGAGGUUCGGAAAGUCAAUUGCUACGGCCAGGAGGUAGAGUCCAUGGAGACCCCAGAGUCCAAAGAUUUGGGGUCCCAGACCCCUCAAGCCUUAACAUUUAAUGAUGGCAUGAGUGAGGUGAAAGAUGAACAGACCCCAGGCUGGACCACAGCCGCCAGUGACAUGAAGUUUGAGUAUUUGCUGUACGGUCACCAUCGGGAGCAGAUCGCCUGCCAGGCCUGUGGGAAGACCUUCUCCGAUGAAGGCCGCCUGCGGAAGCACGAGAAGCUGCACACGGCGGACCGGCCGUUUGUGUGCGAGAUGUGCACGAAGGGCUUCACCACGCAGGCCCACCUGAAGGAACACCUGAAAAUCCACACAGGCUACAAGCCCUACAGCUGUGAGGUGUGCGGCAAGUCAUUCAUCCGUGCCCCAGACUUGAAGAAGCACGAGAGGGUGCACAGUAACGAGCGGCCCUUCGCGUGCCACAUGUGUGACAAAGCCUUCAAGCACAAGUCCCACCUCAAGGACCAUGAGAGGCGGCACCGAGGGGAGAAGCCCUUUGUGUGUGGCUCGUGCACCAAGGCCUUCGCCAAGGCCUCCGAUCUGAAGCGGCACGAGAACAAUAUGCACAGCGAGAGGAAACAGGUCACCCCCAGCGCCAUGCAGAGUGAGACGGAGCAGCUGCAAGCGGCUGCAAUGGCCGCAGAGGCUGAGCAGCAGCUGGAAACCAUUGCCUGCAGCUAGGGGACCGCGGGGACCCUGGGCCGAGCAGCAGAGGCCAAGCUGAAGGCUGGUGGCGCCGCUUUUACGGAAAUGUGCAGCGUCGCACCAGCUGGACUGGAGGCAGUGGUUGGUUAGGUGUCUGCAACUCUUCAAGGAGACUUUCUUUCUAAGUUGUGACCAAACAGUGGCGCUGUCCUGUCUAGUGUCUAUUCAUGUUGCCAGGAAGCUCCCCUGCUCCUUUUUAAGAUUUUUAAUUUGAGAACUCCUGUGUCCAGUUUAGAAGCAAGAGACUUCCGUUCCAUUUUUAAUUCCUCCACACUCAUAGCACUGAAGAGUGCAGUGCACAGAGUAAUAAUUGAAUCACUUGAUUUCCUGAUCAUUGCAAUUACAUGGGACUUAUGGUCAAAACAGCCGUUUUAAUAAUUUAAUAAAUGUAUACCUUACAGACGCAGAACGUGGCAGUGGGAGAUUGACCAAGAACACUGCACGAGUAUGAAACCAAGUUCUGGAAAUACAGAAUGGUAUUAGAUUUGUAUUUGGUUUGUUAAUUUUUUAUAUCACUGUUUUUCACUGUUUUUGUGGACAGAUAAUAGUUGCUUUGCUGAAGUGUUUCCUCAUCUGUUUUGAUUGCUUCCCCAAAGCUGUAGUCACAAGUACAGGAGGCUGAGCAAACCCACCAGGGCGCUGGUGGUGGCGGCUGAGUUCUGCGGCUCCUCUCGGUUGGGGAUUUGCACUCUGCACUGGCAGGGAUUUGCCGAGUGGACCAGCAGUGAGGAGAAUUGAAAAGGCCCUCAGCGACUAAGUUGAUGUGCAACAGUUCCAGGAUUUCCUACAGCAAAAUAAUUCUUAGUUGAUUUUUGACCUGAGAUUUGUGGUUAGGAUCAAAAUUAGGACAAGAAACAGAUCUGCUUCAGUUACAUUAGUGUAAUAGAAUGUCAUCAAGCUUUUGGGCUCCCAGCAGCACCUGAUUUAUCUAUAAAGGAGAUGCAAUAUGUUUACUUAAUAAAUUUCAGAUCUUUUAAGUGUGUAAAUAGUGGUGUUGGUCUUACAUAUUUCAAGAAAACAGAUAGUUGCACUUUUUUUUGCACAUUGGAUUCAAUAAUUACCAUCAGCAACAAACAUCAGACCAUUUUUAACUAAUGUUGAAGAUCAUGAGUCCAAAUGUUUUGUUUUUGAAGUAUAUUUCAGUACUGGUUAUGGUUUUAAGUAGAAGUUGAUUCCCUUUCAUGCUGUAAAUCAGAAUUAUAAACUCUGAGAUUUGGUGUGCUACAUGUUUCUUUUAACCAUUUUCUUAGGAUUACAUUGAAAUGCCAACAGUUGUUGGGAUUAUAUUCUGUAAGAAAGUAUUAGUCCGUUACUUUGGAAUAUGUACAGUUGUAGAAAAUGCCAACUUAAAAUUCAUAUUGGUUGCUAGGAGCUUUCCUAAAAUACAUUAAAGUAAUUUCAUUUCAUAGCUUGUUGCAUUAACACUUGUAGUUAUUAUUGUGGGAGAAACUUUACUUUUUAAGUUGGUAUAUAUGUUAUGCCCAAGAUUAUAGGAUGAGGAUGCUACCUUUUCAAAAAAUUUAUUUAUUGGUAAAGUGUUUAAUUUAAUUUUUUGAAAGUCGUUUAUUUUGUACUAAAAAUAGUCCUGUCACUGUGUUUAUGCUGUUGGUAGGAGGAGAACUGACUGCUGCUCCUAAGCUGUUUUAACCAAAGCAAAGGAAAAGUAACUCAACAUCUUUUCAAUAGCUACUUCAGCAAACUAUAUUUUGGGCCUUCAUUUUUGUAUAUAAAAAUACACUUCUAUCAUUCCUGUUUUCAUUUUUUUAUAGCAAUCUUCCCCACAUCCAGGUUUCUACCAAAAUCUAAGCUUUCCAUACUGUCUUAACCAUGGUUUUUACAGAAUUAAAAGUGUUAAAUGUGAUAUUAACUCCUUUUAAAACUGCAGAGUCAUGGUGGUACUCCCGAAAAAGAAAUUUUCAUCACUCUGUUUGUAUUAUGUAUUCAUUUGUUUUGCAUAAGAAAUAUAUUUAUGUCAUAAUUUCUACUGUUGGUAUUAUGUGUUAGGAUGCAUUUUUUUGGGUUUUGGUAGCAGCAAAGUCGUAACACAACAGCUUGUCCUGGUUAUUAACACUGCCGCUCUGCACAUCCAGCUGGCUCUCCUUGUCCCCAGGACAGUGAAGCCAGCAUGUCAGAUUCUUGGAGGCUACCUCCAUCAUUGUAGGGAAUUAACGCUGAAAUGUUUUGACUAUAAUGUGAGAGGAAAGGAAAUUCUAAGUCAACUGUAUUGCCUUUUCAUUAUUACUUUUUCUAUCUGUGCCAAGAGAAUGUCCAUAAACUUGAUGUUUUUUAUGUGUAACUUGCAUUGUAUUGACAUUGGUUUAGAAAGUCUAAAAUUAGGGUAAUGUGUUACUAUAAUGGAUAGUGGAGAUAAAGAUAAAAGUUUUCUUGGACUCACA